UUGCCAAUCGAGGGAAGCUCCCCCAACAGUGAACAGUUGAACAGUGAACAGUGAAUAACGAGCUGAGCCGUAUUUAGGCACUGGCACCCGCCACUGGCAUCCUCUUGUAGCAAGACUUCAUUUCCUCUUCUCUCCCUUCCUUGUGUCUUAUUCCGUCGUCAAAAUUAGGUAAUAUCGCGACGCCCGGCUUUUCGAGACGUGUGUCUCAUCGAGGGAGGAUAUUCGAUCUCGCGUUUUCUGUUCCACGCAGUGGCUGGCCUCCUCAUUCGCAGCGAUAUCAGCAUGUCUGCCAGCUUGUACGUUACGCCGUACAAUGGCACUAUCGGAGAUGCUGAUGCCGGGUAUACCACCGGCGUCACAGAUCUCAAUCAAUUCUACGAGAGCGGCGACUUCGCCUGGAUUAUGACCUGCGCUGCCCUCGUCCUUCUUAUGGUUCCCGGUGUCGGCUUCUUUUAUUCAGGCCUUGCGCGACGCAAAUCUGCGCUCUCGCUAAUUAUGUUGGCCAUGCUGUCCAUCGCCGUCGUCGACUUCCAGUGGUUCUUCUGGGGAUAUAGCUUGACCUUUUCCCAUACCGGCAGCAGCUUCAUUGGCGAUCUCUCCAACUUCGGCCUCAUGAAGACCCUCGCUCAACCCUCCGUCGGCAGCACCAAGAUUCCCGAUCUCUUAUUCUGUCUGUACCAGGGCAUGUUCGCCGCUAUUACACCAGCCCUUGCGAUCGGUGCCGCAGUCGACCGCGCACGUGUACUUCCAUGCAUCGUCUUCAUGUUCAUAUGGGCCACCAUCGUGUAUGAUCCUAUCGCAUACUGGACGUGGAACGCCAACGGCUGGUCCUUCAAGAUGGGUGGUCUGGACUUUGCUGGUGGUACUCCUGUCCACAUCUCGUCCGGCGCGGCCGCCCUUGCGUUUUCCGUCAUGAUCGGCAAGCGGACUGGAUACGCAAAGUCCGCUGGUCUACCCUAUCGCCCGCAUAACAUCACUCACAUCGUCCUCGGUACCGUCUUCCUCUGGGUCGGUUGGUUCGGUUUCAACGGCGGUUCCGCUCUCGCUGCCAAUAUGCGCGCUGUCAUGGCCUGCAUCGUCACGCAUCUAGCCGCGUCUGUUGGAGGUAUCACGUGGACCCUUCUUGACUACCGUCUUGAGAAGAAGUGGUCGGUCGUGGGAUUCUGCUCUGGUGCAAUCGCAGGUCUCGUAGCCAUCACGCCCGCUGCCGGUUUCGUUACCCCCUGGGCCGCCGUCAUCUUCGGCAUUGUAGGAGGCAUAGGCUGCAACUUUGCCACUAAGCUCAAGUUUGUCAUGGGCGUAGACGAGGCGCUUGAUAUUUUUGCUGUUCACGGAAUUGGGGGUAUUAUCGGAAACCUUCUAACUGGUCUUUUUGCAGCCGACUAUAUCGCAGCCCUUGACGGUUUCACGGAGAUCCCAGGCGGGUGGAUCAACCACAACUACGUACAAUUAGGGUACCAGAUUGCGGACUGUGUAGCGGGGUUCUCCUACUCUUUCGUUCUAACGUGUGUGAUCUUGUUCGUCCUGAACCUGAUUCCAGGCCUGAGCCUGCGCGUUUCGGCCGAGAAUGAGGAGGUCGGCAUUGACGACGACCAGUUGGGUGAGUUCGCAUACGACUACGUCGAGUUGCAGCGCCAUACUAGCGACGUCCUCGCAGGCUCAGCUGAGGUGCCGACCCCUAACGCCGGUCGUGCAGGCUCCUCUAAGAGCAGCGAGGGGCCUGAAAAGAUGGUUUAACGAGGAAUGAUACUUGAUUUGCGUUGUUUCGAAAUGUGGCAAGUGAACAUAUAUUAAACUAGCCAAUACGUUUAUCGAAGUGAAUACAGGGGAGUCAGCAUACUACAUAGAAAAGGGGCUACGACAUUAAAAAGCAUAUAUGAUAUAGCAGGUGUCUUAAUUAUUUUGUUCGUAUGGAUGAGCCCCCUUUACUCUAUUUUUGAGUUUACACAUCGAAUUAUACCCUGUUGCACACUUUUUAUCAGAACCAUUUAGUAGUAUAUCAUCAAACCAAGAGAAAUCUUAUGGUUCCUAUAAUUAAAUGCUCCAUUACUACCAUAUUAAUUCCAUCACAAACUAGUAUCUGUCA